UGGACAAAAAGUCACAAUGGUCGGACACUUGUGCUUUCAGCUCAGCCAGGCAACCGCUCUUGCUGACAAUGUUGUAAACAGCCCGUGUUGCUUCGUAGUGACGGAACUUUGAGGAUCAUUUCCAUGAACGAAGUCUGUGUUUGGAUAAUCUUCGCAGUCUGCUGAUUCAAAUGCCUUGUAAAAGGCUUCGCUCCUGAGAUUGCAUGUUCCGUCGCGUGAGUCGCAGGGUCAAUCAUAUGGUGUAUAUAUUAUAGUCUUCAUAGUUCACCAACCCUGGUACAACAACAUUCCAACAUCCACCAAAAGAAAAAGACAUAUAUAAUGUAAUAAUGUAAGGCAUGCAUGCAUUCAUACAUCAAUGCAAGCUCCAGAACUUCAGUUUGUUAAUGUUUUAAACAAUAUGUAUACAUAUAUAUAUAUGUGUGUCAAAGGUGUUUCCCCUGAUGGCAUUGAAUGAUUACGAAGCUAAACACUAAACCAAAUCCAACUCACAAAUGAAACAACGUUGUUUUUAAAUCAUUUGCAAGAAACAAAGUCGCAAAUGUCAGCGCUCCAUAGCUGACCUCACCUGUCUCCUGGUUAGGUGCUUGCACCCAGCACUCUCCCCUGACGCCCCGGAUCACACCUUUCUGCUGAACUGAUUUGGUGUAAGCAGCCAGCACGGUUUCCUGACGACGUGCGUUCAGGACAUGUCGAGUGAUGGUCCUCGCUUGGCCCGUGUACCAAGGAAGCGUCUUCAAUGAUGGCACCUGGAACUUCAGCGGCAGAUACUACAACUACAAGGAUCCACUUUCAGCACAGCUGGAGCAUUGCCUGCACCUGAAGGAGGCCGUCGAUGACACGAAGUUGGUGAAGAAGCUGGACAACCUUGGCGAUUUGGUUGAUCUACUGAGCGUGCUCACUGAUCGACGACUGAUCGACAAGCGCGAUAUGUUUCAGUC